AUGUCGGAGCUGGAGCGGCUGCGGCUCAGCGAGAUCCCCGCGGGCCGGCAGCGCCUGCGGGAGCAGCACGGCAACCUGCUCAGGGUGGCCGACUACUGCCACAGCAACUACCUGCAGGCCGGCGACAAGAGGAAGGCGCUGCAGGAGACGAUGGCUCUGAGCACGCAGUCCCUGGCCAGCGUCACCUACCAGGUCAGCAGCCUGGCCAGCGCCUUCCUGCGCCUCAUGGACCUGCAGGCGGCCCAGCUGCGCCAGCUGGAGGCCGAUGUCACCUGCGUGGCACAGAGCGUGGACAUCCACAAGGAGAAGGUGUCGCGCCGCGAGAUCGGCGCGCUGACCGUCACCAGGAGGUGCCUGAGCUUCCAGAAGGUUCUGGCGCCCCCGGAGCCGCCCGUGCUGGAGCCCUACUACAGGAGACCCCUCAACUUCAGCGCGCUGGACGGCGUCGGCCACGGGGUCAAGGACACCAGCACGCAGCUGUCCCGCACGGGCACCCUGGCUCGGAAAAGCACCAAAUCCUCCUCGGCCCAGGCUGCGGGGACGCUGGGGAGGAGCAGCCGUGUCCCCGAGCCGGUGCAGCCGCCCGUGGUUCCCGCGGGGAAGCUCCCGAGCGGCUCCUGCAGCUCCUCCCCGCUGCCCCCCAGCUCCAGCGGGGCCCCGGCGGCUCCUGGGGCUCCUGGGGACGGAAUUCCUGCCCCGCCACCCCUGCCGGGGCUGCCGCCGCCUGCCGCUGCCAUCCCCCCUCCGCCGCCCCUCCCUGCGCACCUGGCCGUGCCCCCGGCCCCAGCCCCCGAUGACCUCGAGCUGCCGCCGCCGCCGCCCCCGGCUGUGCCUGACUUUGGGGACCUGGCCCUGCCACCGCCACCAGACGCGGAGGACCCCCCGUGGGACCCCCAGAGCUACCUGUAG